CUCUAGCUAUCUAACUUUUCUCAUUCAUUUCUUCUCAAUGGCCAAGCAGCAUAGCAGCUCAUCAUCUGCUCUUCAUCUCUGCUCCAUCACCACCUUGGUCUUUUUGGCUCUUUUAAUCACAUCAUCAGGAGCAUCAACUCAGAGUCUGAGCUAUGACUACUACAACUCUAGUUGCCCAAAGGUGGAGCAAAUCAUUCACAAUGUGGUCUCUCAGAAGCUUCUUGAAGCCUCCACCACUGCGGCCGGCGCUCUCCGCCUCUUCUUCCAUGACUGCUUCGUCGAGGGAUGCGAUGCAUCAGUGUUGGUAGCAUCAAACGAGACGCACAAGGCAGAGAGAGAUGCAGAGAUAAACCUGUCAUUGCCCGGAGAUGGCUUCGACGUGUUCUUCAGAGCAAAGAGAGCUCUGGAGUUGCAGUGUCCUGGCGUGGUCUCCUGCGCAGAUGUCAUGGCCAUUGCUACGCGAGACCUGGUUUACUUGGUAGGUGGGCCGAGAUGGGAAGUGCAGAAGGGGAGAAGAGAUGGGCUUAUUUCUGAGGCCUCUAGAGUGGCUGGAAACAUUCCUGAAGUGAACCAAACCGUCCCCCAACUAAUCUCUCUCUUCAAGUCUAAAGGCCUGACUGCCCUGGACAUGGUAGCCUUGUCUGGAGGCCACACAAUAGGUUUUGCUCACUGCAAGGAGUUCAUGCCCAGAAUCUAUGCCUACAACAAGACAUUUGAUAUAGACCCAACCAUGGAUCAGAGCUAUGCCGAGAGCCUGAGAAGCCCAUGCCCUGAGAAGAACUUCGAUCCAACAGUUGUGGCCUUCAAUGAUGUAACCACUCCUUACACAUUUGACAAUGCUUACUACCAGAAUCUUCAGAAGGGCUUAGGCUUGUUGGCAACUGAUCAGAAGCUCUACGCAGACCCGCAGACUCGAUCUUAUGUGAGCUUAAUGGCGAAGGAUCAACAGGGCUUCUUUGAUCAUUUUGUAUCAGCCAUGAUCAAGUUGGGGAAUAUUGGGGUGAAGACUGGUAAUGAUGGGGAGAUCAGGCGCGAUUGUGGGUUUUUCAACGCUUAGAUUCACAUGAUACUACUAAAUAAUACAAUUCUCUAGUUUCAUUUCUUCCA